CAAGAAAAUGGUUUCAAAAAGUCAUAAGAAAAGGAUUUUCAGAAAACGCAGAACAUUUGCAAUAAGGAUAUCAGGUUUCCUCAAACUGUUUGAUAUUUAUGGGAAGAAUAUUGUGCUCACUUAUAAUGGGGAGGAUAAAUACCGAACCCUGAUAGGAGGGAUAAGUACAUUUCAUUCGUAAUUUUUAGCAUCUAUUCUAGUCGGCUUUGUAAUUAUUGCAUAUGUGAUAUAUCUCACAUCUGUAAUGUUCAAAUAAAGGCAAUACAGCAUUCACAAAAGCUUCAUUUUUGAAUGAUCUUUACUCAAACGUUGAAAUACAUAAUCCAGCAGACAAUAAAAGAACUGUUGAUACAGGUCAUUCACAAUUCGACCUUGCAUUCCAGUUUACAGCUGAUGGAGCUGACCUUGUCAGUGACCCAACUGCAUUCACAUUCUUUAUCAAUCAUGUUGAACAAGAAUGGGUGACCGAAGAUGGAGUUACUUACCCAAAAAGAAAUUACACGAAUAUCGAAUUCGAGAAAUGUGGUGAAACCCACUUCAGCUAUGAUAAUCUUGAUGAAAUCAAGAGAAUCGGAGUGGACAACUACUACUGCUUCAAACACAAAAACUACUCGAUAGGAGGCAGCUUCUAUUCGCCUAAGUAUCAUUACCUAGAGAUGAAGCUCCGACGCUGAGUGAGUGGUGCUUCCUCAUGCAAGAGUGACUCUGAAAUUGAAGCUCUUGUCAAAGCUUCAAGGUUCUCGAUGGCCAUUGUGAACACAGUAGUAGACCUCAAAGACUACAAGAAACCGGUGCAAUACAUGAUCGACGACGGACUUUUCUGGGAGUUGGUGCCAGACUUCAGAAAGAAAACUGACAUUUUCUUGAGAAAGAAUGAAGCCUCAUUUGAAGAUAACUAUGUGCAGUUGGGGUUUCCGAAGGAAGAAGAGUUUUACCAGGUGGCAGAGACCAACGACAGAUUUGAAAGUGAAUCAUCAAAAGGAGACAUGCUAUCGAUUUAUCUCAGAAUUGACAAAAUCACAGAUACGUAUGAACGCCAGAUCUACUCCAUCGGCGAACUCCUCGGUCAAGCAGGAGGCUUCUAUGGCGCCCUCGUUGGCAUUGGGUCGGUGUUCCUGUUCAUAUUCUCAGAAAGGCUGUUUGUCAGUUCAGUGCUUAGGAAGAUUUACCAGAUAGAUUCGUGGCAGGAAAAGGAAAAACUCGACAAGAAAUUGAGAGAAAGACAUCGUAAGGAGUACAAAAAUCAAUUCAUCCAAUAUAAACCAGAUGGAAGAAAGGUGAAAGUUCCUUAUACCCAGUCUGAGAAGUUCCAUCACCAAGCUUUUGAAGAUAUCAAAAGAAUGAAUUACCUUGAAGCCAACUCUGAAGGCAACCAAUUCAAGGAGAAUGUUCUCGAGAGGUGAGAACAAAGCAUGAGAGAGCGUAAAGUGUUCAAAUAUGGGUACAAAGAUAUCUUGCAUUACUUGUUCUGAUGAGCUUUUUGAAGGAGAAAGAGAUCGAUGAGGCUUAAGCCAGGAUUUAGAGAACACCUUUACUUUGAAAUUGGGCAAGAAAAGUUACUAGAUGAACUUGAUUGAGUCACCAUUAUUAAGGCUGUCAGACAGCUCAAGUUAUUGACAGCGGUUUUGUUGAACAAACGACAGAAAUUUUUAAUGAAGUUCCAGCGCAACAAUGUCAUUGACAGUUCGUCCUCUGGCACUUCUGAUGAAGGCCAAAUGAACAUCAUCGACCUGAUGGCCAGCAAAAACAAAUAAGCAUGUUGAGAUUGUCAACAAGAAGAUAAACAAAGUAAUCGAGAGUUUCUGAGACAAGCCGUUUCAGGAGAUUGACAAGAGAGUCAUCAGUGGGAUUGUCAAGAAACGAUUUUCAGACUCUGACAAUGAAAAUGAAAACGAUCAUGAUUCAAGAGUAAAUAUUGGCUCUAGCAUACUUGAAGAUGAAGCAAAAAUCAAGUAUCUGAACAACCAAGAAAGGAAACUCAGGUAUCCCUCUCAAGAACAGGCUAGAUACAGAUGAUUCGUUUGUCCGGUUGCCCAAACUCUUUGGAGAACGUGCUGGGAUGACAGGAAAGCUUGAAGAAUUUGGAGAUGGUAAGUUUAUACUUAUUAGGUCUAGGAAUUCCAAUAGAAUAAUGCAUAUCUAUCCAUAUUUCAAUAA